GGUUAUCAUUGGAGCGCUUUAGUUUCACAUUAUCGUUUUAUUAAUCGACUACGUCGUCUAAAGAAGUCGAACGGCUUUCACCGCCGCUAGGUGAUCUAAGCGGCAUGUUGUUCGGAAUUUUAUGUCUUCUGUUGCUCCCCUUUGGUUUUGCAUCCAUCAACACAACUUGUCUUCCCUYUGAUGAAGUGGAUGCAUUGAGGGUAAUCGGAAGGAAGUUGGGUAAAAAUUGGGAUUUCGACGAGGAUCCAUGCACCGGAAGAGGAAAUUGGGUCUCUGCUGCUGUUGGUCGUGACGAUGCAAAUAACGUCACUUGCUCAAUAGCCAACACCACCUGCAAUAUUGUUAGCAUAARUCUUAAAGCACAAAGCCUACCAGGCACUCUCCCGCUGGAAUUUGUCAAUCUCCRAUUCCUUGAAAAUAUAGACUUAUCCCGCAACUUUCUCAAUGGUACCAUCCCUCCAGAAUGGGGUUCCAUGGAGCRUCUUGUAAACAUUUCUCUCCUUGGGAAUCGUUUAACUGGAUCAAUCCCAAAGGAACUCGGAAAUAUUACCACACUCACAACUCUCUCUGUAGAGGACAAUCAGCUGUCUGGAGGAAUUCCUGAGGAACUUGGGAGCCUUUCAAGAAUCGAGAGAUUAUUUUUGAACUCCAACAAUUUUACUGGGGAGUUGCCUACAUCAUUUGCAAAUUUGUUCACAAUAAAGGAAUUUCGGAUUGGUGGUAACAGUUUAUCUGGGAAGAUCCCCGAUUUUAUAGGGGAAUGGACACAACUCAAGAGCUUAAGGAUUCAGGCUAGUGGAUUGGAGGGGCCAAUACCUCCUAGCAUUACUCUCUUGGAAACUUUAUCAGAUUUGAGAAUCAGCGACUUGAGAGGACCAGACACACUUUUUCCAUCCUUUGCUAAUCAAAGUUUCAAGAACUUAAUCUUGAGGAGUUGCAAUCUAAUCGGCGAGUUACCAGAAUCCAUUGGUUCCCUCGUUAUAGAUAAUCUCUUUGAUCUGUCAUACAAUAAAUUUACGCUUGAUAGCUCACAAAAUUUGCGGUGUCAGAUGCGGAGAACAUUUCGCAAAUGCUCAUUUCUGCGUGUCACGCUCUUUCUUUUCUUUUACUUUAGUAGCGGUGAACGGGUCUCAUGCUUACGGGAUUAUGUUUGCGGACCAAAUUCAACCUCCUGGUAUGUCAACUGUGGUGGAGUAGAGCAACUGGAGGAUGGAAAUGUAUAUGAAGCUGACGUGGAACCAGGUGGUGCUACAUUUUUCUCUACGGCUGAUAGGCCAUGGCGAUUUAGCAAUACUGGUCACUUCCUGGAUAAUGGUGGCGAGGACACUUAUGUUUUGACAAAUACUUCUAGGGUGGUAAACAACUCUAAAUUGUACGAAAGUGCACGAACCUCAGCCUUAUCUUUGACAUAUUAUGGUUCGUGCAUGCAUAAUGGAAGCUACACCGUAAGCCUUCACUUUGCCGAGAUCCGUUUUACUGAUAAUGGAACAUUUAGCAGCCUUGGCCGGCGUGUAUUUGAUAUCUAUAUUCAGGGGGUGCUGGUGGAGAAGGAUUUUGACAUCAGUGAAAAAGCAGGUGGAGUUGGGAUAGCAAUUGUGAGAAAUUAUACUGUAUAUGUUACAUCUAGUUUGGAAAUCCGACUCUAUUGGGCUGGAAAAGGAACACUUACUGUCCCAAAUCGAGGAGUAUAUGGUCCUCUUAUUUCAGCUAUUUCUGUGAAUCCAAAUUUUCCUGUUCCACGCGAAGCUGGAUCAGGAAACGGAUCAGGAAAUGGUGUGUCUGGAGGGAUUGUGGCUGGAAUUGUGGUUGGAGCAGUUUGCAGCAUCAUCCUGAUUCUAGGACUUCUAUGGUGGUGGGGUUAUUUACGGCACAAAGAUACUAUGGACUUAGAGUUGACUGGCGUAACUGGUUCAUUUACAUUGCGGCAAAUUAAAGCUGCAACGAACAAUUUCGAUGUUGCUAAUAAGAUCGGAGAAGGUGGUUUUGGCUCUGUUUACAAGGGUGUAUUGCCGGAUGGCACCUUAAUAGCUGUGAAGCAGCUUUCUUCCAAAUCAAGACAAGGAAACAGGGAGUUCUUGAAUGAAUUAGGCAUGAUAUCUGCUUUGCAACACCCACAUUUGGUGAAGCUGCAUGGAUGUUGUAUCGAAGGAAACCAGUUGUUGCUAGCGUAUGAAUACAUGGAAAACAACAGUCUUGCUCGUGCUUUGUUUGGGCCUAAAGAAAUGCAAUUGGAACUUGAUUGGCCAACGAGAUACAGGAUCUGCAUUGGUAUAGCGAGAGGGAUGUCUUUUCUGCACGAAGAAUCAAGAUUGAAGAUUGUGCAUAGAGACAUCAAAGCAACCAAUGUGCUGCUCGAUGACGAUUUAAACGCUAAGAUUUCUGAUUUCGGUUUGGCUAAGCUUGAUGAAGAGGACGACACCCACAUAAGCACUCGUGUUGCUGGAACUUAUGGAUAUAUGGCUCCCGAAUACGCAUUGCGUGGUUACCUCACGGAUAAAGCCGAUGUCUAUAGCUAUGGAAUCGUCCUUUUAGAGGUCGUAAGCGGGAUGGCUAACGUUGUCGACAAGGCAAAGGAGAAUCGUUUUGUUCUUCUUGAUCGGGCCAUCGAUUUGAAAAAUGCGGGUAACUUAAUGGAGCUAGUUGAUCCAAGGCUGGGUUCAGACUACGACGUCCAAGAGAUGAUGGUAGUCAUAAAUCUCGCUCUACUGUGCACUACGAUCUCUCCUACCGACAGGCCCGCGAUGUCAGCAGUCGUUAGCAUGCUUGAAGGAAGAAUAGUUCCUCAGGAAUUUGCUGUUGAACAAAGCUUUUCGAUGAGUGAAAUGGAUCGCGAGAAAAUGAAGCAACUCGUGGGUAUGAACGAGAGCGGAAUGGAGGAAAUGUCGAUCCCGUACACUGAUUCGACAGCUUCUACUGCCGAUCUGUAUCCCGUCAAUGGUUUCAGCGAGUAUCUGCAGAGGAGAGACGACGAUGGGAAGAAGUUGUUAUCUUAGGUGUGUUUCGUUUCUUAUUGUUAAGAUUGAUACACACGUACGAUACACGAAAUGAAAAUAUUCGGUGAUAGAGAGGACACGGAUUUGGACGAAACUUUACGUGAGCCUUCGGAAACAUAUAUGAACAAUAUCGGGACAUAUUUAUGGGAUCGUUUGAUUCUAUUGGGUUCUAUUUUGAUUACAUCUACAGUCGUUACUAAAGUUGUUGAGACAUAUUUUUGGCAUUUGAGAUAUUCUUUGUUAUAUAAAACAUUUGUUAUUAUUCGAUGGUGAAAUAAUUUACAUUGAUAAAAGAA